AUGGCCAAUGGAGCUGACAAGGGGGAGCACCUGAAGCCCAAGUUCCUGAAAGUGAACCCUCUGGGGAAGGUGCCUGCCUUCAGGGAUGGAGACUACCUGCUGGCUGAGAGCCCAGAGGCACGGUCUGGGUCCAGGGACCACUUAGGGCUAAAGUUGGGAGGCUGGAACCUGGCUGAAGCCCAAGCUGGUUGGAGCUGCCAGGGUGGGGAAGGGGAAUGGGUCAUCCAGCCAGGCCUGGACAACCUGGAGCCAACAGGCCUUGUUGAUGAGUAUUUGGUGUGGCAGCAUGUUACCAUCCAGCUGCCUGCCACCAACAUCUACCUGUCACAAGGUGAGCCUCCUUGGCCCAAUCAUGCAGGCUUGGGCAAGAGCCAGGACCCCCAGAGCUGGAAGUCUCUCCUGCCCCACUUUUCAAAGCAGCCUGUGGAUGCUGCACAGCUGGAGGGGCUGUUGGGAAGGCUGACGCCAGCCCUGCAACACCUGGAUGGGGAGGUCCUGGCAGCCAGGCCCUUCCUGGCAACUGAGCAGGUUUCCCUGGCAGAACUGAUGGCACUCUCAGAGCUGAUGCAGCCCACUGCUGUCAGCUGUGAAUUCUUCGAAGACUGGCCCCAGCUGGCAGCAGAGCAGACACGCGUACAAGCUGCCCUGGGUUCCAAGCUUGUCCAGGAGGCCCACAACCUUAUACUCCAGCCUUGGGACACCUGA